AUGUCUGCUAAUCAAACAAUGUUCAUAUUUAUUUAUUUAUUACUUAUAUUAAAAAUGAAUAUAAUUUAUGGAUUUGAUGCUGGUUUUAUAGAAUUAAUAUCAUCUCGUCAACAGAAUAAAGAUACAACACAUUAUGGCAUGACUGUGUGUGCACUUUGUCGUGUAACACUUGACUAUUUAAAAUCAACAUAUAAUGUAGAUACAGCAUAUUUAGAUACAAAAUUUGAUGAAACUAAUGGGCAAUGUCAAGAAGAUAUUGUUCAAAGUAUAAUAAGUCUAUUAAGAACUUCUCAAAUGAAAGGUAUUAAUCCAUGGCUUUAUUCAGCCACAGUUAAGACAAUAGCUUCAGCAAAUACAAAAACUGAUUUAAAGGAAAUGUUUAAAGAAGCAAGUCAUUUCGAUAGUGAAUCAUUUAUUGGAGGUUCAAAAUUAAUUAUGAAAAGAUAUCAAUCAACAUUAGUUGCCAUUCUAGAAUCUGAUAAUUAUGAUCAAGGACGCAAAACAUUCGGUGAAAUGUUACAUACAAUACAAGAUUUUUACAGUCAUACAAAUUAUAUUGAACUAGCCUAUAAUUCACCCAGUGAUGUACUUGGUAAAAGAAUUUUUGGAGCAAAUGAAUUUGCAUCGGCUGAUAUGAGAACAUGUAUUAGUUGUGAUGAACAACAAUGUCAAAUAAAUACAAAUAUCGAUCAAAGUGUACUCAAAACGAAAUUACUUACAAGUGGCUAUUUUAUACCAUUUGGUUUUAAUUUCUUGA